AGUAGGGGUCUAGUCUUGUGACGUCAUAUCCGGAUCGGACUCCGGUAUAGGUUUUUAACACUAUUAUUUAUCAAUAACAUCCCGCAAUAAUGGCGGCGCGAAAUAAGAAGGGAAAAUUCGUUAAAUCCUCUCGUGUAAAACAAAAUGAAGUCCUGAGGCGAGAAUGCAUAAAAUAUUGGAACCGUAGUGAUGAUGAUACUUCCAAAGGAGAUAUUGAAACACCUGUAAUCACUCCAAUUGCCAGCGAAGACCAUGUGUAUCACUGUGUUGACCCCCUUGCUCGCGAUAUUGAUGUUGCUCAAGAGGAAAUUGUUGGGCCUACAGGUAAAAAUGAUUGGAGAGAAGGUAGACGAAUCAUCGAACUUGGUACCCUUGCAACUAAUUUAAAUGAGUGCAAGAGAUGUGGACAGCCUUUGCAUUUGUCCGAUUGUGUUGCAGAGACGAGAUUUGGACUCGCUCAAAUUCUCCAAGUGCAGUGUAGAUACAAGGAGUGUAGGCUACUUAAUGAUGUCCCAACAGGCAAAAAACAUCUAACAGAAAAGGGUGGAAAGGCAUGGGAUAUUAAUACGAAGGUAGCAGUAGGAAUGAUCAAUGGUGGCUUCGGAGAGUCGCAUUUAAACGUCUUCUUAGCAGCACUAAACAUUCCAGGAAUUUCGAAGGGAGGUCUAUGUUUAUGA